AUGCUCCUUAUAAUAGCUUCGACGACGCCGCGUGCAGUUCAAGUGAACCCCAGGCCCCCCAUCCGCCCUAGCAGCCACAUUCAAGAGCUUGCGCGCCCCCACAACUCCCUCAUUCCCCCACCGCUUCCCACCACUGCCCCCACCCUCUUCCCCCCAUCCGCCAUAGCAGCCAUGGUCAACGGCCUGCGCGCCCUCGCCUCCGCCCCAACCCUUUCCACCACUGUGAAGCCCAACACUCCGCCAUCCGCCGUAGCAGCCAUGGUGAACGGUCUCCGUGCCCUCUCCUCCGCCCCCGGGGUCCUCUUCCUUGCAGUCGGCUCCGCACUCCCCCUCCCGCCCGCGCUCGCCGCCUCUACCCCCGCCUCCCCCUGGACACAUGCCCUUCUCGGCCGGUACGAGUCACGAGACGCCCUGCAGGCGUACGGAGCGUCGGCGGAGCAUGUGAAGGUGGUGGAGGGGUGCAUUAAACCGAUUAUCAGUGACAUUCUGGCCGUCGACUGGGAAACAGACGUCAAUGCCUCUGCCGAUGCGAAUGCUUCUUGCCUGCCCUUCUCAGUGAUCCACUCUGUUGUCAUGGAGCUCACACCACCCACCGACGCAGUGGCCAUCCCCACCAUGGUCUCCUCCCUCAAGGCGCACGUGGGCGAGAUUCCCGGCCUGACCGAAGUAUCCAUAGGGGAGAAUAUCGCGCCGGCGCGUGCCAAGGGGUUCACGUGGGGGUUUGCGUCGUACCAUGCGGAUGAGGCGGCUCUGAGGGCGUAUGCGGGGGACGAGAGGCACCGCCAGGUCAUGGCGCAGACGGUGCUGCCGCUGGUGGCGCGGUUUAACUGGCGGGGCGACGAGAGGCACCGGCAGGUCAUGGCGGAGGCGGUGCUGCCGCUGGUGGCAAGAUUCAACUGGGUGGACUUCCGAGUGGACGAGGCCUUUGGUGAGGCCAGAACCAGAUUGUAA